UGUGUGUAUGUGUGUGCGUGUCCGUGGCUUGUAAAAUGGGUCAGCAAAACAGGCGCUGGAACCAUCCCUCGCCCGGCAGCAUCGAAAACCGCUCUUUGAUCUCAAUACACGCCUAUCUCACCCUCGGCGUGUGCUCGCUUCCAGAGUUACCAACCCCACCUUCCGCUAACCGGCCGCUUUCGUUGGCAAACCUGCGUCGGCGGGGUGGUUUUCUCCGAAUUUCUACUUUUUUUUUUUUAAAUAUAAUUUUGGUUGCGCUUUCGGCAAGACAAACGGGUACAGGGAUGGACGUUUAAGGAUUUCGUUCGGAGAAAUUAAGGAUAAUCCCGUCCCAUAUGUAAAUUAGGACACGUUGGAAAGAAUUCUCCGCGGCGUGUAGCGUGUAGCGGUCGGGUCUCGAGCUGCCACCGCCGUCAUUCUCGCUUCGGCGCCGGCACGCGAAACAUCUCCGCUCGCAGACACACGCGCACCUUCUCUUCGGCGCGAGUUAUAAGAGGUUCAAGUCUCCGUCAUCUAUUUUAAUAUCCCUUACCUCUCAUAGUUGAAAUCGUAGGCUCGUAUUUCAUAUCCAAAAAAAAAAAAAAGGUGACCUAAAUUUUGAUAUUUGAAACCACGGAUUUACAGGACCCCUUGGCUUUGUAGAAUCGUCAUUAGUUGCAGGGCGAUUAUAUGUAGUAUAUAUAUGUAGUAUAUUGUUCAGUGAUGACGAAGGAAAUUAUACGCCGUUAAGCGAAACAGCGAAGCAUAAGACACGGCGGCUGUUAAGUGGUACAUCGCUGCGCCCAAAAUGUCGCGGCCGUCGGUUCUCGCCACCUGCCUCGUCCUCCUAACUUUCGGGAGCUUAGCCACCGCAUUCGACCCUCUCGGAGUCCUGCAGUCGAAGCUCAGUUCCCUCUACGCCUUGAGGGAUCAGCUUUCGGACAGCCCAAGCCCGAGGGAGAACUCGGGAUCCUUCGUGGCGUCUCAGAGGGACGACGAAGGACGAGGAACCGGCUCCCGCAACGCCCCGUCUGCGUCUCCGGCGAGCUCGUCCGCUCCAGAAAUUGUCUAUUUCUCGACCUCGACGACGGAGAACAGCGUGUUGGGUAGUCUCUUCGAGCUCGGGUUGAGUGAUAUCGAGGAGCAAGAACCCAUUCAGAAGAAGAAGCAGAAGGAGGAGGACUCUCCCCUCAACGAGAUCCUGCAGGAGAUCAAGCAUAUGCCCUUCCUGCCCCUGGUGGAGAUGAACGACACGCUCGCCGAGAACGAGCUGGGCGAGGGCAAUCCCCUCCUCGGGUAUCUGGACUCGAUCCGAGGGGACGCGUGGGCGCAGUUCAAGUCCAUGGCCGUCAGCUACACCAACUGGCUCGAGGACGAAUACAAGAUCCAGGACCUGACGGACCAGUUGCCACUCGACCUGAUCAAGAAGGUGCUGGACCUGGGCGACAGGGUCAACUUCCUGCACGUGGUCGGCAAGAGGGUGGACCCGGGGCUGGCCAAGUACGUCGCCGACCAGCUCCAGCCGGUGUUCAGCCGCUUCGACAGCCUGGGCGCCGGAAGGGUCCUCAACGGGCGGGUGUCCUCGCUGGUCGGCGGCAUCGUGAGGGAUGCCGCCUGGAAGACGAUGCACCAGUUCGUGGGCCACGUCCUGAAGGUGGCCGAGCGCGUGGUGUCCAAGGAGGACAUCGUGGCCUUCCAGGAGGACCUCGCGAAGAACAGCCCCAUCGUGGCCAAGGGCCUCCAGUUCAUCAUGAGCGACCAGCCCCUCAUGGCGCCCGGGGCCACGGGCCGCUCCAUGUCCAACCGAGGCUACAGGGACUACUACGACGACGGCUACGGUUAUGAGGGGCACGUCAGCAGCCACGGCGGCGGCGGCUACGGGGGCUACGGCGCCUACGACGACUCGUACGGCUCGUCCAUGCACGGAGGCUACGGCUACGGCGUGUACCUGGACCCGUACUUGAUCCUGGGGGGCAUCGGCGCCGCGGCCCUGCUCGCCUUCCUGGCCUACCGCCUCAUCGUCACGACCGCCAGGAGGAGGCGUCGCAGCGACGACCUCACGCUCAUGGACCUCUCCGACAUGCCCAACAUCGUCUACUCCUUCUACAACAUGCUCGAGGCGGCCGAGAGCAAGUACGGUGGUGCCGAGGGCGGCUCCGACGACCUGCCCCGCCUGGACGACUCCGACGACUUGGCCGAGGGUCUCAAUUCGCUGUGGAGGGAGUUCGCCGACGGGGAAGGCUGCGUCCGCUGCUCCCUCUUCGACUUCGUCCGGAGCCACUUCUUCACCGGACUCAACGUGGCGGACAGUCUGGCCGUCGCUGGCGUGGCUCACCUCCUUGGCGCCGAGAAGUCAGGUCAGCUGGUCGACCAGGUCCAUGGCCUCAUGAUCGACGGCCAUGAGGUCACAUGCGCGAGAGAAGGAAGGAACUGCUACGUGAAAUAGAUCUAGGUAUAUUGUGGUAAUUUCAACGAGUUCUAGAUAGUUAGCUUGUUCGUGUCUGUGAGUGCAAUAUAUUUAUUUUCUAAGUAUGAGGAUAUAUAUUCAUACUUGGUGAUAUAGUUCAAAUCAUGAUGAAUAUGACAAGGAUUUCGAUUUCUUUGAGGCAUUAUCGAAACGGUAUCCAGAAAACUUAAUUGUACAUUUUCGUUGUUAUUCUUAAAGUUCCAUAUAUAUAUUUAGAUACUGUUAGAUUAGAUUACUUUUGUUUUUCUCCCUUUUCUGUACAGUUAACAUGUAUUGUGGGGGAUUAAUGUCGAUAGAAACUGGUGCAAUCCCCUCCCCUCCCCCCUAAGUUAACGAGCAGUAUCUGUAAAAUCAUAGUUUUGAGAAAAUUAGCUUUUACUAAGUGUCGCCGCAACCUUUUGGUAGAUCCUGCCAAUAUGAAUGGUAAUAAAUCUCGUUAGCUAAGGAAAAUCUUUAGUAUCUGAGGUGUCCAAAGGGUGGAGGUAGUGUAUUGAAAACCAUUGGAUAUGAUAACUUAAUUUAGACAAAAAAAAA